UUUUUAUUGUCAAUACGACACUGUAAAGAAGAUGAAUUUAAUCGUAUCCAGAGGCGCAAAAGAAACAACGGGUUAGAAUUUCGUUGUGCAGUAAUUGUUAAUUACGUAUCAAUAAUAUCGGCAGUGAAAGUGGCUUGCAACUUAAGCCUGUCAGUUGUUUUUUCUUACGGUGAAAGUGUGAGCAGUCGUUGGUCUUUCUCUGUGCAGCAGUUUCUGUCUGUUUAAAGGAUCAAAUUUUAAAAUUACACCAUAUUUUAAAAAUAAAUUGGUCAGAAUGCGUCAUUCAGAUGCUGCGGUGUGCGGAUUAUUCUACAAUCUUAUGAGAAUUAUUUCCAUAAGCAUGUCGUCAGCUGCUCAGGAAUUCGAACAGGAAGUGCUCUUAAACAAAGAAAAUGAGUAUUAUUUAAAAUGGAAUUUUGUGGAUGACUAUAUUGAUCUGCAUCUCAGCGCCAAAACAUCCGGCUGGCUGGGUUUUGGAUUCUCGCCUAACGGAGGUAUGGACCAAUCGGAUGUAUUAUUUGCAUUCGUGGACAACCACACAGGUCAAGCCAAUGUGACGGAUAGGUUUAUCACAGUUUCGCAACCUGCCAGCGUACAACUACAGCUGGACAAGCAGCAAGACUGGACGUUGUUGAGUGCGAAUAGAAACGCUACGCAUCUCGCCGUUCGUGUCCGGCGGAAAUUGGACACGUGUGAUUCGAUGGACCGCCCCAUUACUCAAGACACCAUGCGGGUGAUAUUUUCUCUGGGACGCGACCAACCUGUUGAUUACCUGCACCCGGCAAUGCAUUUUUUUCGCGGUUCUCGCAGCUUAAUCCUGCUCGACAAAUCUUUGGCCGUAAGAAAAAUGGGAGCAGCGAUAAGCCCACCAAUCGUUAAAAACUGGAAUGUGCUUGUUGACGCUGUUAUUAUACCGGAAGGGGUCACUUCCAUGUAUCAUUGUGAAUUGGCUCUCAUUCCAGAAUUCCAGAAGAAAUACCAACUUGUGAAGACUGUGCCCAAAAUCGAUGAUGGCAACAUCGAUUUAGUGCAUCAUAUGAUGAUGUACUUAUGCGACGACUCCAUAACGGAUUCUUUUGGACCGAAGAAAUUUACCUGUAUGACACAAAACACCAGCGAUCCUAAUCUUCUGCCCGGAAUACAGCUGAUAACACAUUGCGCUACAAUACUUUCGGCUUGGGCCGUUGGUGGAUCGGACGUAAAUUUUCCGGAGGAGGCUGGGCUUCCGAUCGGUCCGGAAUUAAAUGGUCGCUUUGUCUACAUUGAAAUGCAUUACAACAAUCCAUUCGGAAAACGCAGGAUGGACAGCUCUGGGAUGAACUUCCAGUUAACGGAUAAACUACGCAAGUAUGAUGUGGGGAUCAUGACCCUUGGCAGUAGUAGUUUUGAAGAUACAAUGAUCAUCCCCCCUGGGGCCAUAUCAUUUCGACAAUUCGGGGUUUGUUCGGACAGUUGCACACGUGACUUAUUACCAGCGGAUGGCGUUUCUGCAUUCAAAAUAAUUCUCCACAGCCAUCUUCUUGGUAGGAAACUGCGUGUCCGCCAUAUUAGAAACAAUACUGAGCUGCCGGUACUUUCGGAGGACAACCAUUACGAUUUCAACUACCAAGAAGCUAGAGGAAUCAAUCCCGUGCGAAAACUGGAGCAGGGUGAUCAACUGAUAUUCCAGUGCGAGUACUCAAAUAAUGCUCCUGGAAACACGGCAGUCUUUGGCGGUAUGGCGACUUCCGAUGAAAUGUGUUUUGGGGUACUUUAUUAUUAUCCAAAAACCAAUUUGAGCUCAUGCCAAUCUUCCUACGCUGUCGACACCGCUGUUAAUUUCCUGGCCAUACCAGAUGCGAUUCAGACUUUACAAGCUCUCCGGGCGCAACAGCAGCGGAACGCUAUCGGCACCGAUCCAACCGCACCAAACGGAACAAUCGCAUAUACCGAGAUGGACAGAUAUACGGAAAUAAUGGCUUUGCAUCCGGUAAUCAGGCGGGCUCUGGCUAAUUUUUCGUGGACGCCUGAAAAAAUUCAAACUUUACAAAACGCCUACGAUACUUCUGAUGGAUUUGCAACGUGCAAAAUUACUGGAGCGAAUUUGACUGGUCCUCGUUUCGCUCCACAGUCGGUUUUGCAUUUUACACCUCUGGCCGUGGAUAGUGGGGCGCAGUGUUCUUCCGGACUGGGCACUAACGGACAAAGCAACAGCACUGCUGAUGCGAAAAUAAUAUCGAAUGCGACAAAACAGAAACCGAAUGGUGUUUCGUCGAUACACACCAUCUACACAUCUAUUUGCGGCUUAUGUCAUGUGCGUUGAUUGUGUACGACUUUUAUUGUACCUGACUGUAAACGCACGUAUAUAAACGUCUCAAAGUGACUUAUUUUUGCGUUUUCUUCUGGCCGGUUUUCUUCUCCUUCCCUUAUCCAAAACUUUGUAAUAACAGUUAUAUGUACGGUGCAUUCUCCUUUCCUGUUGCUUCGCACAAUAAAGUACUGUAGUUCUUAUAUUUUAUGUAAUAAA